CAGCUCAACCAUAUAGUCUGUCACUUUUGUAUCCGCCUGCAGGACUGGCCAGAAAUACAGCCUAAAAGGACAACACAUUGUUAACCAAAUCUAUUCCUUGCAAAUCGCUGCUGUUGCAGUCCAUCAUCUUUGAACAAACAAUGGUUCUCGAGGAGCACGACUCUGACGCUGUCUUUGAGCCUCAUCUCACUGAGGAGUAUGUGGAGACUCAGUUUGGAGACAUCCACUGCGUCAUCUCAGGAACUCUGAAGGCAAACCGCCCGGCCAUCCUGACCUUUCAUGAUGUUGGACUGAGCCACAAGAUUUGUUUUGAGACUCUGUUCAACCAUGAAGACAUGCAGGAAAUCACCAGACAUUUGCCUGUCUGUCACGUUGAAGCACCGGGACAAGAUGAGGGAGCCAAAACUCUUCCUACUUCGUACACCUACCCAACCAUGGAGCAGCUCUCUGAAGCACUUCCCGCUGUUCUCAAACACUUUGGGUUGCGUAGUGUAAUUGGCCUUGGGGUUGGAGCAGGAGCACACAUCUUGGCCGUAUUUGCUCUGAAUCACCCAGAUAUGGUGGAUGGAUUGGUCCUAAUCAAUAUCAACCCAAAUGCUGAAGGCCUAAUUGAUACUGUUGCAAACAAGAUUACUGAAUGGACUCAAACCAUGCCAGACAAAGUCAUCACUCACCUGUUUGGAAAGGAUGAAAUCCAGACAAACCAUGACCUCAUAGCAACUUAUCGUCACCACAUCACAACUAAAAUGAACCAGUUCAACGUGAGUCUGUUCUACCGCUGCUACAACAGCCGCAGUCCUCUGGAGUUAGAGAGGCCCAUUCCAGGGGGUAAUAUCAAUGCCAGGACCCUCAAGUGUGCAUCUUUGCUGGUUGUGGGGGAUAACUCUCCAGUUGUGGAAGCAGUGGUGGACUGCAACUCCAAACUUAACCCAACUAAGACCACACUGCUUAAGAUGGCAGACUGCGGAGGACUUCCUCAUGUAGAUCAGCCAGCCAACGUGAUUGAAGCCCUCAAAUAUUUCAUCCAGGGCAUGGGAUACUUGUCCAGUGCCAGUAUGACCAGACUUCGUUCACGGACAACUUCCAGCUCCAGUGUAGUAUCGUUUGAUGGCUCUAGGAGCCGCUCUCACACCAACGAGCUGCAACGUGACCGCACCCACUCACACGGUGCUGAAGACAAGCGUGGACGUGCACACACCGACGUGACCAUGGACAGCCUCUCCAGUGUUAACCAGAGCACCUCAAAGACCACUGAAGUGGCCUGCUAGAGCACACACCACUGUCUCAUCCACUUACCUGAUAUUACCAACCCUUUUAAUUGGGCCUAUCAUUCUUUUCCCUCUGCUCUCAUCCCCCAGCGAUACUGUUUCCUUUCCAUCACCUCUGAAAAGCCUCACACCUCACCUUGACUUUCCUCCAGUCCUCUCCUCUCACUUCAGUUUCCUCUGUGUCUUUUCUCAUCCAUUCAUGUCUUUUGCCCUCUUUAUCAUGACACUGCAUGAGAUUUACCAGCAGUGCUCCUCAUUCUGUAUUUCUAUAUUUAGAAAUAUAGAUAAAUAUAAAUAUUCUAUGUCCAUCAAUGUAGAGGUUAUGAUAAAGACGUAAAAACAAAGUGCACAUCUGUUUAAAAACUGCAUGUUCAUGAUUGUUAGAAUGAUAUGCAAUAAUGACAGCUAUGUAUUAUAACUUGAAAAAUGUAUUAUGGACAGCCUCUGUAGUUCACAAAAUGUUGUGAAUCAGACAUGUUUCAUGUGUAAAAUAAAAUUAUAUGACUUGUCAAUCAAAUUUUUGCAUUAAUUAUUACUGUACUAAAUGUAACUCUGUUUUGUCUUAACAGUCGUUGUUCUCAAUAAGCACUCUUUCACUCUGAUUAAGAGCAACCCAAUAAAACUCACUGUCAA